AUGAAGUUCGCUACGCCUGUCCUCGCCGCCGCCGCCCUGGUGCUCGCCGCCUACGGUCACCAUCAAGUCGCGACGGUCCCCGCUGGAGUCACGCUGGACCUGACCGACCUCAAGUCGGGCGCCAACGUUGUGUUCUCGGGCACCACCACCUUCGGCACGAAGAAGUGGUCGGGACCUCUCGUCCUCCUCACGGGUACCAAGCUGACUGUCAGCGGUACGGGAUCUCUGGACGGCCAGGGAGCUUGGUACUGGAAGCAGGACACGUCUAUCACUCGCCCCGUCUUCUUCCGCAUGAGCAAGGUCAUCUCGUCCACGGUCAAGGGCUUCACCAUCAAGAACUCGCCCUACCGCACCUUCAGCAUUCUGAGCUCGCAGUCCACGACCAUCAGCGGUCUGACGCUCGACUCGAGCGCUGGCGACGGCACGGCCAAGAACACGGACGGCUUUGACCUCAGCAAGAACACGGGCGUGACCAUCACCGGCUGCAAGAUCUACAACCAGGACGACUGUCUCGCUAUGCAGUCGAGUACCAACACGGUCUUCUCCAGCAACACCUGCAGCGGCGGUCACGGCAUCUCCAUCGGCUCCAUUGGCGGCUCUUCGAUUAGUUCGUCGGACACGGUGUCGGGUCUGACGGUCAAGAACAACAAGAUCGUGGACAGCGUCAACGGUAUCCGCAUCAAGACCAUCAUCGAUCUGACGGGCAAGGUGACGGACGUCACUUACACGGACAACACGCUGUCGAACGUCGAGAACGCCAUUGUGAUCCACGGCGACUACAGCAAGUCCAAGGGCGGCUACACCGGCACGGCCAGCAACAAGGUUUACGUCACGGACAUCACGAUCGAUGGCCUCACGGGUUCGGCGGACCAGAUCUACGACAUCCUCGUGAACUCCAAGUACGUGUCUGGCUGGACCUUCUCGGGUAUUGAUGUCUCGGGCUCGACGGGAAGCUGCAGCGGCGAACCGAGUAGCGUGGACUGCUAA